AUGAAUAACACAACUCAAAACGACAUGAACAAUACAUCUCAAACGACAAGUGGUGCCGCCAUAGGUGACGUGGAGAGAAACAUUCUUGUGGCAUUUUACUCCACUGUGUUAGUGCUAACCGUGCUCGGAAACACUCUGGUAUGCGUGGCCAUUUAUGUCGACCUGCGCUUGCGCAGUCCAACUAACUGGUUUAUAGCAUCGUUGGCAGUGAGCGACCUAUUUUAUGGGCUCGCAAGCCUACCUUUUCGUAUUGCAAUGAUGCUAAGAGGCAUGCCUAAUGCUGCAGUUUGCUCGGUAUAUGUUUGGAUAGACAUGAUAUGCGCCGCUGCCUCCAUGGCUAACUUAGCGGUGAUAUCAGUAGACAGAUAUUUAAAAAUAACCAAACCAUUUGCUUACCAUAGAAAUAUGACAAAACGGCGCUCGUUUGGUGCUAUUGGCGGCGUGUGGAUUUACGCAGCCACUCUAGCGUCGCUGGCUAUUAUCAGGUGGCCUGGAGCGGGAGGUGUAUAUGUGGAUCCCGUUAAUGGAAUGUGCCCGAAUGACAAUAGAGUGUUCUAUACUGUGGCUAACAUUGUGGCUUUCUUGGUUCCGCUUACUGUACUUUGUGUGAACUACUCAAUGAUUUUGCGGACGGCUUGGAUUCAGUUCAAAAAAAUGCAACACAGUAUUGUGAGUACCAACAGCAAAGAAGAUAAACGUAAACACAAGAGUAUUACGCGAGACUUCAAGGCCACCAAGACCUUAGCUGUAGUGCUGUUAACUUUUACUAUCUGCUGGGCACCGUUUUUCAUCAUGUUCACCAUCCAUCAAUACGACCCGCUAUACUUGACGGACCUCCCACAAGAUCUAGCCAACGGUAUUGUUUACACCUUCUACUAUGUGCUACCAUAUAUAAACAGCGCGUGCAAUCCAGUGAUCUAUGCAUACUUUAACAGUGACUUCCGGCGUGUGUUUAAAAGGUUAAUGUUCUCUGCCUGCGAUAAGGAUCUGCGUAACUAUGGAGAGGGGGGCGUAAGGGGGGUCCGAAAACCGCAAAACCGCACAGAAAUACGCCAAAAAACCGCAAACCGCAUCGGAUUUUUUCUCGAAUUCCGAAACCGCGCGUAGAUGUAGGCCACAAUAUGAAAGCUGACGUCAGCAAGACCUAUGAUAUAUUCUGAUAACAUUGUGCGUUAGUAUUAAACAUACCAUCAUAACGCUAACGAUAUAUUGUACUACACUAUUAUACUCUAUCAGAAACUCACAAGGUGUUGAAACGUGUAACUCGCGUUCAAUGCUCGUGAAUAUUCACUUUUACCAUAUUUGGAAACCUUAGUGACAGAUAACCAUUUUCAAAAAAAUGGCUGCCGCGCGAUCACCAUGUAGAUGUUUUAAGACAAGAGUUCUGCAUUUCAGGGUUAAAAAUACACCCUUGGAGGGAGUGUACGGAAACUCUGUGCGCAUUUAUUUACAAGAGUCUUCGAACUCCUCCAUGAAAGAAAGUGCCUAAAUUUUCACAAAAUGCUUUCCAAAAAAACACACCUCUAGCUUGAAGCAGAAGAGGAUCGAAAUACACAGUUCGCAAUUGGUUACGUUCAGUAGCCAAUAAGAAAACAAGAAUUUCGAUCCGCCACGUGGGUAUUUAUGUUCAGUUCAAAGCUCAACAGACAGAACGGCUGUACCGUUCUCGCCACGACAAAGUACAACUAAAGUUGCUCUUGUAAAAGCAACUAAGCACAAAGCCAACCCGGCAACUGAUGAGGUUCGUGAGGAGAACCGAAAUCAUGGUCUUGCCUGAUCACAAACUGUGGCAAUAACAAAACAGUUUAAAGACUGUUCAGCUUAUUCAAAGCUAUUACCAAGGGAGGAACUACGCGCUCCAGUCAAAAGACUUACACUAUCUUUAGAAAAACACUAAGCUGGAGUUUACUGAGUCACAAUUCAAUUCUCCAUAGUAAGUUUAUGUAGCUUCAGUUUAAGCUGCAGUUCACUCUUAUAAUUUUGGAUCUGUAAGUCACUAUCCGUGAUAAUUUAACAUUCUGCAAAGAAAACUGACGAGCUGGGCCCAGCGUGAUACAGCAUUGCAGAAAAACAUUACACUCACGGACUAACGAAAAUCGCUUCGAUCAGAUCCAUAAGGACAAGGCACUUUGGAGAAAAUUGGAAACCUUAUUCAGCCGUAAUAAAAAAGCUUUACGCUUCAAAAGAGGUCAAAGAAAAUGCGCUUGCAUCAGAGGGCAAAUCCUGCCGACCAGAAAAAAAUAACUACAGUCAAUCGAUAUAUAUGUCAUGACCUCUCAGUGUGAAACAUGCGGCUAAAACCACAUUUGCUCAGUAAAAUGCAGAACCUUCCAGAGCAUAAUCUACCCAGCAGAUAAAAACAACUUUAUUGGAAUAAGCAGCAUUUUGGCAAGAGGUAAAAGUCGUGUAGGCCUACCACCCCCUUUUAUCGCAUUGAAUCAAAGAGAACACCAGGCUGUACGGCUGUACGAGCUAACAUCCGGCAUAGAAUUUCACAAAGUGGACGCAUCAUUGGCCAAAACGGUUAAUCACAUUAGGUAUUAACUGGAAAAGGCCGUAAUUGCAAACCACAGAGUUAAAUUGUAAGGUGAUAUAAUGAACUCUGAUGCGUUAUAUAAAAAACAAAACACUUGGCUCGCGCUUGCAAAACAACCGGAUGCCGACCGUUCUGAAGAGUGUUAUCACCGCAGACACUUUUUUUCACCGAAAACCGCGACUUAAAGGAUGUAAUAACCGCAAACCGCUUAGUGUUUUGAAACCGCAAUACCGCGAGUUAAAAUAAAAAUUACCGCAAAACCGCACCAAAAAUAACGCAAAACCGCAUCACCGCAAACCCUUACGCCCCCCUCUAUGGAAGCCGCACUAAGAGAAAAAGCUCGUUAACUAGCUUUUUCCAAAGCACUUUUGUAAGACGAGGAAGUCCACCAACGCCCGCGGACGAUGGAAAUCACAAUUACAAUCACAUUCACAGUCCGUCGAAUAACCAUGAUGAGAAGGCCUUAUUCAUAAAUGGAGACACUGUGAUUACAGAAGUGUGA